AUGGACCAGGGGGACACGGAUGGAGAUGGGCACAGAGACGGGCAGGAGGCUGAGCAGCCAGACCAAACGCCAGCAUCAAGUAACAAGCCACGGAAGAAAAAAAAGAAAAGGAAAACCAAGAAAAAUUCAGCAGGAGAGACUGUGGAAGACAAUGACCUGGAAGACAUUGACAGCCUUUUGGAGAGGAUUGAGGACCCCGGGCUGGUGCCACAGAGCCAGGGUGGGAUCAUCACCGACAGCCGGCCUCUGCUCUACGUGGAGCACAGAAACUUGAAUCCAGAGAAUGAAUUGAAGAGAUAUUUUGGGGCUCGUGCUGUGCUUGGGGACCAGAGGCCCAGGCAAAGGCAGCGGCAGUACGUCCGCAGCAUGUGGUUGACAGCUCCCAAGAACACCUGGCCACGCUACAGCAAGACAGGUAUCACCAUGCAGCUGCUGGACACCCGGAGAGGGGUGCAGCACUUCACCUUCGAGCACCACCGUGAGUACCAGCAGGUCCAGUUCAAAUUCCUGGAUGCUGUGGAGUCCAUGGACCCCAACAACAUCGUGCUGCUGCUCCAGAUGAACCCCUACCACGUGGACUCGCUGCUGCAGCUCAGUGAUGUGUGYCGCAUGCAGGAGGACCAGGAGAUGGCCCGGGAUCUCAUAGAGCGGGCCCUGUACAGCCUGGAAUGCGCCUUCCAUCCCGUGUUCAGCCUCACCAGCGGGACCUGCAGGUUGGACUACCGGCGGCCAGAGAACAGGGCUUUCUUCCUGGCUCUCUUCAAGCACCUGAUGUUCCUGGAGAAGAGGGGUUGUCCCCGCACAGCCCUGGAGUUCUGCAAGCUCAUCCUGAGCCUUGAUCCCGAGAAUGACCCRCUCUGUGUGCUGCUGCUCAUUGACUUCCUGUCCCUCCGGGCCAGGGAAUACACCUUCCUGACCCGCCUCUUCCAGGAGUGGGAGGUGAGUGGCCAGGAGAGUCACCGGAAUCUGUCCCAGCUGCCCAAUUUUGCCUUCUCGGUGCCACUGGCCUAUUUCUUCCUGAGCCAGCAGGAAGAGCGCCCGGAGCUGGAGCGGAGCCAGGCCCGAGAGCGAGCGGCCCGGCUCAUCCAGCUCGCUCUCAUCAUGUUCCCGAGCGUUCUGAUGCCGCUGUUGGAUCACUGCAGCGUGCAGCCUGAUGCCAGGGUCACCUCCCACCCCUUCUUCGGGCUGAAUGCCCAGAUCAGCCAGUCGCCCGCCCUGAACCAGCUGACAUCCCUGUACGUGGGCAGAACUCACACCCUGUGGAAGGACCCGGCUGUCAUGGCCUGGCUGGAGCCCCACGUUCACGAGGUGCUGCGCAUGGUGGACGCCCAGGACGCGCUGGUGCAGGAGGCUGAGCAAAAGAGGAAGAUCCGGUACCAGAGUGCUCCCAGGAACAUCUACCGGCACAUCAUCCUCUCGGAGAUGAAGGAGGCCACGGCAGCCCUGCCUCUGGAGGUGACUUCACAGCCAGUGAUGGGGUUUGAUCCCCUCCCUCCUCUGGAUUCCAUUGUUUCCUACACCCAACCGGAAAGGACCAGCCAUCCUUCCAACGAAAGCACUUUAUCUCUCUUCUUCCGCUCGCUGUUGCCAAAUUUUAACUUACAGGGGGACAUCCGGCACGAUGGGGACGAGGAGGCCGGGGCAGCGCAGGAUCUCAACCAGGGCGUGAACAGGCUGAUGGCAGCCAUGAGGGACAUGCUGGCCAACAUCCAGUUCCAGGAGCCCCCCCGUGAUGACAAUCCCGAGGGCGAUGGGGACUGGGAUUGAGCCCGGGGUUCUCUCCCCAAGCCCUCUGGCAUCGCUGUCCGCUUUGUGUUGCGCUCCAAUAAAGUCACACAAACGGGCUGGCUGUGGGAACGGGCUGUGUGUGAGCACUGGGGCUGUGUCCCUGCCGUGAUCUCUGUCCAGGGGCGGGGGCUGAAUCCACAGCCAUGGGCCCUGGCCAGGGCCCCUCUCUCCACGGGAGACAAGGACUGUCUGAGCAUGUCCGAGCUAAUCGACAGCAGCUGUCCCUUGUCCCCAYGGCAGCUUAGUCCCCUUCUGGCCUCUGCUACACACAAUUCCCAUCCCAUUCCCCUCCCUGUUYUUCUCCUGGCUCUUGUCUUAAUUCCCAGAAGGAUUUUACUGCCCUCUCCUUCAGCUCCUUUGUGUUUCCCACAGCCUGGAGCUUCCGUCCCUUCACCAAACACUCCACACCCUUACUGCACUGAACCUCCCAAAGGUCUCAGGGUCCCCUGUGCUGCCACAAUUGUGCAUGGAGCAGCUUUUUCAGCCUUUUAAUCAUGUUUGGAGAAGAAAUCUUCCCUCCCCCCCCACUUUUGUUUCUCCAUUCUUUAUUCACCCACCUUCACCUUCUAGAGCCAGGAUCGAAGUAAGCCAUAGUCAAACCUUAAAUCAUCCUUGUUCCCAUAAAGCUUUUU